AUGCGUUGCGCGCAAAUGGUCCUGGCCGUGGUAACGGAUUCGACAGUGGGACGAGGGCGACUCUUCACGCUGCAAAGAUGCUUUUCGGGUAAAUCGCAUCACUUCCGAGUACGGACGUUCUGCUUAAAAGUCAGAACCGGCCGCAAGAUGCUGGCUGCCGUCGGUGUGCUCAAGGAGUCAUGGCGUCUCGUGUACAUCAUAUGUGUGCCCCUCAUCUUUCUUCCAGUGGCCGUAUGCAUCGGAGGAAAGGCCGGCUGGUGCGCCUACAUCUUGCUGUGGAUGGCUUUCUACUGGUCGGCGGAAGUGGUCCCGCUGGCGGCCACUUCACUCAUGCCGGUCUUCCUGUUCCCGUUCUUCGGGAUCCUUCCGUCCAGUAAAGUGGCCACUUUUUACCUGAAUGACAUCGGACUCGUAAUGUUGUGUUCACUAGUCAUGGCCGGAGCGGUAGAAACGAGCAAUCUGCACAAGAGGAUAGCCCUCAGGUCUUUACUCGCCAUAGGAACAAGUAAUCUCAGGCUACUACUUGGCUUUAUGCUAGUCACCAUGUCCCUAUCCAUGUGGAUUCCGAACACUGCCUCGACGUCCAUCAUGGCGCCAAUAGUCAUGGCCGUCGUAGACCAGAUGCACAACUCGACUAAAUCUCACUCCAAAGACGUAGAAAGUUCAGACCUUGAAUCUCUAACCAAGCGACAACCACCAGCUUACAAAGACGACAAGAAGACAGGCGGCAAGGAUUCGUCAUGUACUACUGAUUCUGAAGAAGACUCUCGGCACAAAUUACUCCGCACAACGAUGCUGCUCUCCGUGGCAUACGCUGCGAACAUUGGAGGGACUGGAUCUCUCAUUGGCACCGGGCCCAACCUUGUACUCAAGGGUCUCAUGGAUGACUCUUUUCCAGAGUCCACAGAGUUGACCUUUGCAACGUGGAUGCUUUACAAUGUGCCAACAAUGCUGCUAUGCGUUCUCAUCGGGUGGCUCUACCUUCGAUUUCACGGAAGAAAAGCAAUGAAAUCGACCUCUGAAGGUGCAUCGGAAGAAAAAAUUCGGGAGGAGAUUUCCAGGAGAUACCGGGACUUGGGUCCUAUGAGCUUUCCCGAGUGGUGCGUCACGUUCCUGAUGACGUCAAUGAUACUUCUCUGGUUCACCAUGAAGCCUCAGAUGUUCCCUGGCUGGGUGGAAAUGCAUCCUUAUGGAAAAUUCAUAAAGUCGUCCGCCCCCGCCAUGAUGGCGACGUUCCUGUUGUUCGUGAUUCCCAAGGAUCCCCGCAAGCGUGGCGGUCGAACCCUCAUGACGUGGCGGGAGGCCAGCGAUCGCGCUCAGUGGGGUAUCAUGAUUCUCAUCGGAGGGGGCAUGUGCCUCGCCGAGGGCUGCAAGCAAUCUGGCCUAUCAGCACUCCUGGUGCACCAUCUGAAGAGCCUUGACGUGCUUCCUCACGCGCUGACGGCCCUCAUCCUGUGCUUCGCUGCCUCCAUGUUCACCGAAGUGACGAGCAACACAGCCAUCAGUUCCAUACUCUUGCCCGUCGUCUGCGAAAUGGCUAUAGCGAUAGGGGUGCACCCGCUGUACCUGGCGAUGCCGGUGACGAUCGGCUGCUCGUUCUCCUUCAUGCUCCCGGCUGCCACACCUCCUAAUGCGAUCGUGUACGAGCUGGGGAAGCUGAAAAUUCCUGACAUGGCAAAACCAGGUUUCGCCAUGAACAUGAUCUGCGUCCUGGUGGAAGUGGGAAUGAUUCACGCGAUAGGCUUUCCCAUCUUUGGCCUGGGGAAGUUGCCCGACUGGGCUAGACCCACUCAAGCGACAGUGUCUUCGAUUGCAGUGCCAAACACGACAGACAUUAUGUCUUUACCGACAGUUUUGACCACAUUCAACUACACACAAACGGCGAAGACAAACGCUUCGUCAACCGGCCGUCUCCUCUUCGGUGGCCUCCGAGAGUGGCUCUCGCGGCAAGUUUCAAGCGAGGUUUGGCGAAGUGCCGGCCGUCUUGGUGUCAUGUCCGUCAUCCAAACAGCUCGGUUUCGCUGGAGAUUCUUCUCUAUAUUCGCAGCCCCCGUGCUCUUCCUUCCAUUGGCAUUCGUCAUCGGAGGGAAGGCGGGUUGGUGUGCCUACGUAAUCCUGUGGAUGGCGUUCUAUUGGACGGCAGAAGUUAUCCCUCUCGCAAUCACGUCACUCAUGCCUGUCGUGCUCUUCCCUCUGCUCGGCAUUCUUUCAUCGCAGCGGGUAUCAUCGUUCUAUUUUAACGAGAUUGGAAUCAUCUUGGUGUGCGCCAUGAUGCUGGGAGUUGCCGUAGAAACAAGCAACUUGCACAAACGGAUCGCGCUCAAGUCUUUACUAGCCAUUGGGACAAGUAAUCGCAGGCUACUGCUGGGAUUAAUGCUGGUGACGAUGUUCCUGUCCAUGUGGAUCCCCAACAUUGCCGCCGCAUCCAUCAUGAUUCCGAUCGCCAUGGCCGUUGUGGACCAGAUAGGGGACCGCUCGGCGACAAAGAGUGCGUUGGGCCCCAUCGGCCAGCAGAUAGGUUCCGAUGAAAAACGGCUGAUUGAAGACCGCGAAUGUACUGUUUCACUUGUGCAAGAAAAUGAAACACCAAGAACUGAAGACAGGCGCACCAGGCUGCUCCGAACUACGCUGGUGCUCGGCGUGUCGUACGCAACCAGCAUAGGUGGUACGGGUUCACUCAUCGGAACUGGGCCCAACGUUCUCCUUAAGGGAAUCAUCGAAGACCUGUUUCCAGGUUCCACGGAAAUCACUUUCGUCACGUGGAUCCUGUACAACGGGCCCACGAUGCUCCUCUGCACUCUGCUGAGCUGGGCGUACAUGCAGUGGAACGCCAGGGAGGCCAUGAGAAGUGAAGUGGGAGAGUCUGCUAAAGAAAAAGUGCGGGAAGAGAUUGCCUGGCGUUAUAAAGAGCUGGGAAAGAUCAGCUUUGCAGAGAUCUGUGUCGCCGCUUUGAUCGGUACAAUGAUCAUCGCCUGGUUCGGGAUGAAGCCGCAAAUGUUUCCGGGAUGGGUCGACGCUCUUCCUCACGGAGAGCUUGUGAAGCCCAGCGCCUUGGUCGCCUUGAUGGCACUGCUGCUGUUCGUAAUACCGAAGGAUCCUGGAAACCCGUGGCAGUCGCAGCCACUUGUCACGUGGGAGGAGGCGGUUCAUGGCGUCAAGUGGGGCGUCAUGAUCCUCGUGGGAGGAGGCAUGACUCUGUCGGAGGCCUGCAAGGUUUUUAUAGUCCUACGCCAUAACCAAGCCAAUGACAAGUACGAACGGUUCCUACGAAUGAGAGGCUUCGUUAAUGGAGUCCCUUAUUCCUGUUCUAAGAACGAGCUAAAAUCAUCCGGUAACUUUGGGCGGCAUGUUGUUCAGAGCAUCAGUGAUCAUGAGAGUGACGCAUUUGAUCGUUGUAAUCUUCAGCAAUCUGGACUUUCUUCAAUGCUGGUGGACAACGUGAAGGGCAUGAACGUGCUGCCACCGGCCCUCACCGCCUUGCUCUUCUGCUUCGCUGCGUCCAUGUUUACGGAGAUAACAAGCAACACGGCCACGAGUUCCCUGCUACUACCCCUUGUCUGCGACAUGGCUGUCGCGCUGAGGCUGCACCCCAUCUACCUGGGUAUGCCUGUAGCAGUCGCCUGCUCAUUCUCCUUCAUCAUACCCGCCGGUACACCGCCGAACGCCAUCGCCUACGACCUGGCCAAGCUCCGCAUACCUGAUAUGGCGAAACCAGGAUUUUUCGUCAACCUAAUAUGCGUGGCCGUCGAAGUGGUCAUGAUACACGCCUUGGGUUUUCCCAUCUUUGGCCUUUCAACGUUCCCGGAAUGGGCAGAACCCUACAGGCACUCUGUAAAUGGAAGCAUACUCAUCGAUGCCACUUCGGGAUCAUCCACGGAAAACACGACGAUCCCUAUAAGUGCAGGCAGGGCGACUUCCUGCUGAACUUCGGCUACUUGGAAGGCGACAAUACAGACAGCUGCACCACGCCCGUGGACUGCAACGGAUUGCGUAAAGGACGGCUACGCUUGCCAAUGGCCAACCUGCAAAAAAGCAAAAAGAAAGAGGGAAUAUUCGUAAACUGUUGCAUUUGCCUGCAAAAGCAGUGCGAUUGCCCCUUUAGUCAUUUAGUCAGCUAUACUAACUCAUAAUCUCUCGUGGUGCUUGUAGUAGCUUCGACGGGGCGGUCGGACGCAGGACCUACGGCGUGGGGCCUAAAGGCCUGGCGCAAAGAGGAGCCGGGCUGCUCAAUUCGGGGACCAGACAAAGAAUGACUUCAUUCCAGUGAGGGGAAGCGCAGCAGGUAUACUUAGAGCGUUUAGCGCUGAGUGGCGCACUGACGUAAACGAUUCGAAACCGAAACUGGAAGCCGACGCAGGAUAUUACAGUGCUGCCGCAGGACCAUGACAGCUUUUUUUUAAACAUGCCGCAUAAUGUACCAAAUGCGUUUAACGACGCCCUGCUUACGUAUACAAGUUUUGCGCCACAGUUGGUUGACCAAAGUUGGUUUGAAGUUUCACCGAACAACCCGUGUAUCGUACCACGUCCAUUAUAAAGUUUCGGGAAGUAAAAAAUGGCUGUGGCUUAGGUAA